CAAAUCAGUAAUGGCGACACAAGAACAACUUAAACAUGUCAGCAAAACAACACCGAGGGGGAGUGAACUUAUGGACAGCAGUCAUAUUUUGAAGAAAUAUUAUAAAAAUUUCAUCUAAUUAUCUGCAAUUUCAAUCCAGCGAAAAGCUGUCUGGUACCUUCACAGGUAUUCAGUAGAUGUCCGGCCCCUCAGAGACAUCAGGUGGUAUGUCGCAUCCUGGCCCUUCACCUGGGGCGGGUAUGUCCCCAGGGCCCAUCUUGGGCCCCAGCCCUGGACCAGAUCCCUCACCGAGCUCUGUUCACAGCAUGAUGGGCCCCAGCCCUGGACCGGGAACACCCAAUGCACCUCAUGGCAUGCAGGGCCAGGGACAAAGUGAUUACUCUCAGGACAGCAUGUAUUCUAUGCAUAAGCCCAUGGAGGGGAUGAAUGACAAGUCAAUGGCAGAGGCAAUGCACUUUGGUCACAUGAAAGGUGUGGGGAUGAGGUCUCUCCAUAGUGGCAUGGGGCCUCCACAGAGUCCUAUGGACCAGCACAGCCAAGGGUACAUGUCUCCCCACCCAUCCCCAAUGGGAGUCCAUGAGCACGCUUCAAGUCCCAUGUCAGGAGGCGGAGGUGGACCUACACCUCCACACAUGCCACCUGCCCAGUCAGGCCCUAUGAUGUCAAUGGAUCCCCAAGGAGGCAUGUCCAGCAUGUCCAACAUGGGCCAGCAGGUGAGGGGGUCGUCUGCUUUUAGUCCAGUACAGCUGCAGCAGCUCAGAGCUCAGAUUCUGGCCUACAAGAUUCUGGGUCGUGGGCAGCCACUACCGGAAAACCUUCAGCUGGCUGUUCAAGGUAAAAGGAGCCUACCCACAAUGCAACAGCAGCAGCAGCAGCAGCCACAACAACAGCCACAGCCGCAGCCGCAGGCACCAAGUGCCAGUCCUUACAGCAGGCCUCCAGGUAUGCCAAUGGCACCUAUGGGGGGUCCCCAGUCGAGUCCCUGCCCAGCCCCGGCCAUGCAAGUACACAAUCAAAGCACAGGACCCAAGCCUUGGACUGAUGGCCAGUGUCCUGAAAAUCAAACCAUUGCACAGAAGCAGCUCACUCCUGUUGCUAGUGGUCGCCCAUCUCCUGCACCACCUCAGGCCUCUGCUGUGCCAGCUGGGCCCAUGCCAGGCAGUUCGGGGACCCCUCAGCCUCCUGGGCAGCAGGGGUCCGUAAUGCUCCCGAUACAGCACAAGCAGAACCGCAUCACGCCUAUCCAGAAGCCCCAGGGCUUGGACCCAGUGGGAAUCCUGCAGGAGAGAGAAUACAGGCUGCAGGCUCGGAUUGCACAUCGAAUCCAGGAACUGGAAAGUCUGCCAGGCUCGCUGCCUCCGGACCUCAGGACUAAAGCCACAGUGGAGCUCAAGGCUCUGCGUCUGCUCAACUUCCAGCGACAGCUGAGGCAGGACGUCGUGGCCUGUAUGAGACGAGACACGACCCUGGAGACGGCCCUCAACUCAAAGGCUUACCGGCGUAGUAAGCGGCAGACGCUGAGGGAGGCACGCAUGACCGAGAAGCUGGAGAAGCAGCAGAAGCUCGAGCAGGAAAAGAAGCGCAGGCAGAAACAUCAGGAAUAUCUCAACAGCAUCCUCCAACAUGCCAAGGACUUCAAAGAGUAUCACCGCUCAGUGUCCGGUAAGAUGCAGAAGCUCACCAGAGCCAUCGCCACCUGGCACACCAACACGGAGCGUGAGCAGAAGAAGGAGACGGAGAGAAUCGAGAAGGAGAGGAUGAGGAGACUCAUGGCAGAAGACGAGGAAGGGUACCGAAAACUAAUCGAUCAAAAGAAAGACAAGCGUCUGGCCUACUUGCUGCAGCAGACGGAUGAAUAUGUGGCCAACCUCACCACCCUGGUGUAUGAACACAAAGCUGCUCAGGCUGCCAGGGAGAAGAAGAGGAGACGGAAGAGAAAGAAGAAGGUGGAUGGCGAUGGUGAAGGCACGAGCGCAAUUGGGCCUGAUGGAGAGCCAAUGGAUGAAAGCAGCCAGAUGAGUGAGCUGCCUGUCAAAGUGAUUCAGACUGAGACCGGGAAAGUUUUGCAGGGAACCGAGGCCCCAAAAUCCAGCCAACUGGAGGCUUGGCUCGAGAUGAACCCCGGGUAUGAAGUGGCCCCGCGGUCAGACAGCGAGGAGAGCGGCUCAGAGUUUGAAGAGGAGGAGGAAGAGGAGGCGUCCAAAGGAGAGACAGAGGAGAAGAAGAUAAUCGAUCCCAACGGAGAUGAAGUCACCAAGAGAGCUGCCAAGAACAUCAUCGAGUCAGCCAAGCAGGAUGUGGAUGAUGAGUACAGUGUUCCUACUGGCCAAACCAGCUCCCAGUCUUACUACGGCGUGGCCCACGCUGUCAUUGAGAGGGUGGAGAAGCAGUCGUCACUGUUGAUCAAUGGGAUGCUCAAACAGUACCAGAUUCAGGGGCUCGAGUGGAUGGUGUCCUUGUACAACAACAAUCUCAACGGCAUCUUGGCUGAUGAAAUGGGGCUCGGCAAAACCAUCCAAACCAUCGCCCUUAUCACCUACCUGAUGGAGCACAAGAGGCUCAAUGGUCCCUAUCUCAUCAUCGUUCCUCUCUCGACCUUGUCUAACUGGGUCUAUGAGCUUGACAAAUGGGCACCGUCUGUGGUUAAAAUUGCUUACAAGGGCACUCCUGCUUUGCGUCGUGGGCUUGUGCCGCAGCUCCGCAGCGGGAAGUUCAACGUCUUGCUGACCACCUAUGAAUACAUCAUCAAAGACAAGCAUAUACUGGCUAAGAUCCGCUGGAAGUACAUGAUCGUUGACGAGGGUCACCGCAUGAAGAACCACCACUGUAAACUGACACAGGUGCUGAACACGCACUACGUGGCUCCCCGUCGGCUGCUCCUCACCGGGACUCCUCUGCAGAACAAGCUGCCCGAGCUGUGGGCCCUGCUCAACUUCCUGCUGCCCACCAUCUUCAAGUGCUGCAGCACCUUCGAGCAGUGGUUUAACGCACCCUUUGCCAUGACAGGAGAGAGGGUUGACUUAAACGAGGAGGAAACUAUCUUGAUCAUCCGGCGUCUGCACAAAGUGCUCCGCCCGUUUCUCCUGCGCCGGCUGAAGAAAGAGGUGGAGUCUCAGCUGCCAGAGAAGGUGGAGUACGUCAUAAAGUGUGACAUGUCUGCCAUACAGAAGGUUCUGUACCGCCACAUGCAGAAAGGCAUCCUCCUCACUGACGGCUCAGAGAAAGACAAGAAGGGCAAAGGUGGAGCAAAGACCUUAAUGAACACCAUCAUGCAGCUGAAGAAGAUCUGCAACCAUCCGUACAUGUUCCAGCACAUUGAAGAAUCCUUUGCUGAGCACUUGGGCUAUCCAAACGGCAUCAUCAGUGGGCCUGAUCUGUAUAGAGCAUCUGGGAAGUUUGAGCUCCUAGAUCGCAUCCUACCGAAGCUCCAGGCCACCAACCACAGAGUGCUGCUGUUCUGCCAGAUGACCUCUCUCAUGACCAUCAUGGAGGACUAUUUCGGAUACCGCAACUUUCAGUACUUGCGUCUUGAUGGAACCACCAAGUCCGAGGACCGAGCAGCACUGCUGAAGAAAUUCAAUGAGGAAGGCUCUCAGUACUUCAUCUUCCUCCUGAGUACCAGAGCUGGUGGCCUCGGCCUCAACCUGCAGGCUGCUGACACUGUGGUCAUCUUCGACAGUGACUGGAACCCACACCAGGACCUUCAGGCUCAGGACCGGGCUCACCGCAUCGGUCAGCAGAACGAGGUGCGCGUGCUUCGUCUCUGCACUGUCAACAGCGUCGAAGAGAAAAUCUUGGCUGCUGCCAAAUACAAACUGAACGUUGAUCAGAAGGUCAUCCAGGCCGGCAUGUUUGACCAGAAGUCGUCGAGCCACGAGCGCCGCGCCUUUCUCCAGGCCAUCUUGGAGCACGAGGAGCAGAACGAGGAGGAAGAUGAGGUGCCUGAUGAUGAAACUCUGAACCAGAUGAUAGCCCGCAAUGAGGAUGAAUUUGAGCUCUUCAUGCGCAUGGACAUGGACCGGCGCAGGGAGGAUGCUAGGAACCCAAAGCGUAAGCCUCGCCUAAUGGAGGAGGACGAGCUGCCUUCUUGGAUCAUCAAAGAUGACGCCGAAGUGGAGCGGCUCACCUACGAAGAGGAGGAGGAGAAGAUGUUUGGUCGAGGGUCUCGCUGCCGUCGGGACGUGGACUACAGCGACACGCUGACUGAAAAACAGUGGCUGCGGGCGAUUGAAGAUGGAAACCUGGAGGAGAUGGAGGAGGAGAUCCGGCUGAAAAAACGCAAACGCAAAAGACGUCAGGACAAGGACUCCGGCAGAGAGGACGGAGGCGCAAAGGCCAAGAAGAGACGUGGACGACCGCCAGCAGAGAAGCUGUCCCCCAACCCGCCCAAACUCACCAAGCAAAUGAACGCCAUCAUUGAUACAGUGAUCAACUACAGAGACGGCUCUGGAAGGCAACUCAGUGAGGUGUUUGUCCAGCUUCCAUCCAGGAAGGAACUCCCAGAAUAUUACGAGCUGAUCCGGAAACCUGUGGACUUCAAAAAAAUCAAGGAACGUGUGAGAAACCAUAAAUACAGGAAUGUGGGGGACCUGGAGAAGGACGUGAUGCUGCUCUGUCAAAACGCACAGACCUUCAACUUGGAGGGAUCCCAGAUAUACGAGGACUCCAUCGUUCUUCAGUCUGUUUUCAAGAGCGCCAGACAGAAGAUCGCCAAGGACGAUGACAGCGAUGAUGACAGUGACGAGGAGGAGGAGGACGACGACGAUGACUCAGAGGCCGAGGCCAAGUCAGUGCGGGUAAAGAUCAAGCUGAGCAGGGAGGCACGCGGCCACGACAAAGGCAAGAAGAGGCAGAGCCGAGGGAAGGCCAAGCCGGUGGUCAGCGACGACGACAGCGACGAGGACCAGGAUGAUAAUGAUCAAUCAGACAAGAGCAAAAGUGAUGACGAGUGACGAAGGAGAAGCAAGGGCGCGAGGAUAUUGUUUACAGCACUUAGAAACAAAGGACGAUAUCUUCCAUUGCUGUUGUUCAGGUUCAUGUUCCUUAAACUUUGCUCCGUUUGUCUUCUGUGUGUGUCUGUAGGGUGUAUUCUCAUCUCCUCUCCCACCAGCUUAGAAAUGUAUUACUAACAAUCGAUAACAUACAGCAAUACCAAUCAGCUUAUAUUUCUCUUUUUAAGACAAUUUUGUAGUAUAUUUUUUAACUACGUGCUUUAACAAAACACACAAAAAAUGUACAAAAAAGAAAAAAACACAUUGAUCAUCCUAUUAUCGCUUUUGCUUUGUUUGUAAUCGCUUGCUUGCACUUUAAAAAAAAACCCUCAGUUUCCUGAUUUUUAAAAAGUCAAAUAAAACAAAAAUAUGUAUCACCAGUGAAAUCAAAGCUAAUUUGGAGAAAUGGCAAUCAGUUUUUUAAGUUUUGGAUUUAUUGUUUUUAACGUGUGCCGUGCCAAAUGUAGACCAACUGACCGUUAGCUUAACCCCUCCCACGCGCAGCGUCUGUCCAAUCACAGCUAGGCUUUUUUAAGCUUGUACGAAAUAAAUAUGAAAGUAAGUAAAAGAUUUAAUAGUUAAUGCCUCAGUGUGUAGAUUAAACACGCUGUCAGUGUGUGUGCUCCUCCAAGAAGCUGACACCUGCUAACUGGCCCAGGCUGAGGUCACCUUUUCUGUGGGGUGAGUGGAAUCAUUAGCUGCACAGCGCUUGGAACAGUCUGUAUCGCGUGUUUUACCACAGUCCAGUCCAAGUCCUCAAACUGUUGAAAGCUGGGCUCAUGUCUGUGUUAGCAUGUAACAGUCUGAGCAGCCGCGUGUCACAGAUGAGCCCACAGUUACGACACUUUCUCUCAGAACUGUAAAGAAUGCAGUGGAGAAACCCAAAGUUCACUUUUGUUGUUCAUCAUAGAACAAUCCAGUUAAAUCUCAUGGUUUAGUCUAGAAAUGGGCAGAGGUUUCAGGCGGGGUCCUCGUGGUUCCAAUGAAGCCUUUCGCUGUUUGUCGGGAACCAAAGUGGGUUCGUGUUGUUUCACCUGCCUCGAAUGCCUCAGGGAGGGCUUGAAUCUUAAAGGAGGAGAACUCCCGCAGGGCUCAUGUUGACGAGUGGCAAAAUGAGAGAUGUUGAUUUCACUGUGGUGCAGACAGCCUACAGCCACCUUGACCUGGUAGAGGUGACGAGUGGGUGAACGUUGGGGUACUUCUGAGUUUUCCAGCUGCUCUGAAACUCUGGCCACUAACUGUACUUUAAUCCAGCGUCUCCCUCGGGGUGCACAUCAGUCUGUGGACAUGCACUUUUGUCUCGUAUCGGGGACUUCCUCGAACACAAUUAUCUCUUCAGCCUCUUUAUCUAUCCUAUCCUCACGUGCACAUCCUCGCUGAUAUCCCUGUUAUUACCAUCAGUGACUGAGGGCUCUAUGUAAGCUCUCUAAAUGUGAUAUGUCAGCUCAGUCUCAGUCCUGCAGCAGUGGCGGGCUCGCUGAGUAGCACAGCGUACUGCUGCAACAUCAGGAACAGCUGUGUGCUUCAUCAUUCACACACCUGAUUACUUAUAUGUUUAACUACAGUAACAGGAUAUUAUAUAGAUCACAUAGUACUAAGACGGGAUUUUAGUCAUCACAUAUUAAUCAGCCUCUGAGCCUGACGCUGAGGCAUUACGUUACAGUUCACACAAGGCCUGUUCUCUGCUUUCUGCUCCGUCAGCACCACCUUAAAGCUUCCUCCUGCUCUCUCCCAAAGCAGCAUGUUGGCUGCUGUCCUCCACCUCCUGCUCUCCUACAUCUCGUUCUUCAUUAGCUACAGCUGCCUCCUUUCUUUCACCUGCCACAGCAACUGUGGAAAUAUGUAAACAGACAGUAACACUAGGCUGAUUAUUAGUGUGUUUUUCCUUUGCUCUGUACUCUGCUGUGCUGGUACCGUUGGUCCAGCAUGUCUUUGAACCUCCUUAGAGCAGGCUUUUUGAGUCUUUGGAAUUACCAUGAUUGUUUUCAUUGGUUUGAACAGUCGAUAAAUGCUGAGCAGCUGCUGAUAGACGUCUUUGUAGCUAUGUGGUGUGAGGGAUUCCCCGAACAGUCUCAUGUCACUUGCCCUUACUGUUUGGCCCCAUCAUCAGUUUACAACAGUGAUUCACUGUUAGGUACCCAGGGCUGCAGGGCAGAACACGCUCUACUGCAUGCUGCAAACAAGCAAUGUGUCCGUACCUUGAAGAAGAAAGUACUUUUAGUAGAACAUGAUUUGGUUGCAUGCGGGCUCUGUAAGGGAAAGCCGACACAUAACUAGACUAACUGCUUCCUCUGAUUCUCCCUGGAGACCUGAUGACAUGUUAUCAGUUUGCAGAGAUACAAAUGGCGUUCUUCCCUUCUGAAGUGCUCAGCUGUGUCCCUGCAUCACCUUUAUCAGCCUUGAAGUUCUAAAAAUUCCCAAACAGUUCACAGGUUUAGUUAGUUUAAGAUCGGCAGUUGCAGAUUUUCACAGCUCACUGAGCUCAGCACCCUGCUGAUGAGUAGAGCCUGCCUGCACAUUGAGAUAUAGACUCUCUGCAUCAGCUUUUUGUUUUUAAAAAGGAACAUUUGCUUCUUUCAAGGUAUUUAAAAUCAUACUGUAGACAUUUCUAAAUACCGGGGAUGUUAUAAUACUGUGAUAUCACCAAGGCCUCAUGUACAGAGACGCCAUGUCCCUGUUGUAACUUAAAUAUCCAAACAAAAUAAAAAGGCUCUUUAAAUACUGGCUAAUAACUUUCUGGAUUAGCUGGCGGGAGCAGAGCUGCACUCAUGUGUUUCUAUACUCAUGUCAGUAACUGUAACAGGAGGGCGGGGCUUAGCAAACAGUCAAUAACGCGACUACACGAUUGUGAAAGCACAGGCAGAUAAAAACCUGCGUCUAUAGCUGACAGAUGAACUUGACACAGCCAUAAAUGUCGAACGCUUUUUUAACCGCUUCCAGUAAGAAAAAUAUAAUCGCACAUCAUUUAGGGAGGUGCACGUGGUUCAUGUCUUCUUCCUUCUAAUGUUUUUAAGAUUUUCUGUAUCACAGCGUUGUCGCAUUAAUUUUCUUGUUUUGUUGGAGCUAUUUUCUACGUAGAAAGCUCGUAGAGUUUCACGGGGAAACAUCUCGCUUCGGGGAAUGAAACAGGAUUCUGUCGUAGCGGUAAAUGUAGCGUCUGAAUACAUGUUACAGUCGUUUUGCAAAAAAUAGAAAAUGAAAUCAUAAAAAUCUGAAAAAUAAAUGUAACAAACCGAGUCUGACGGGUUGGUAACGGCCUGAAUUACUACAAAGAAAACAGUAUUAUGAGAUUAAUGAGACGAUGUGUCGGUUUGUUGAGGUGUUUGUGUUGCUUGUGAAUUAGUUCUAAGCCCUCAUUUUAUUGUUUAUGUGUUAUUUGUAGCAUGCACUCUUGACAGUAUACCGUGCACAUGCAGAUAUAUCACUUUGUGUAAUAUGUGCUUGCCGACUCUCCGUAAGUGUGACUUAAUCUUUGCUUUCUUUGCACAGUGUCUUUGUGGUUGUAUCUCAUAGCCCAGGGCAAAUAAACAUCACUGAUUUCAACACAAA